AUGAUCAGUGUUUCAGAAACCAGGCGUAAUAUUGUGGAGUUGGUAGUUGCUAUAAGAGAAAGAAACAUGUCUCUUCGUAACUUUCGGAAGCUUCAAGUUUCAAAUGAACAGCCUAACCAAGAUGAGUCUAGUGGGGAUGAAUAUGAACCUCUAUAUGUGAAAGCAGACAGGAAUGUGUUUGCAGAUUUCUCCUUGAGCUCAAAUUCCGAAUCGGCUGAAGAGAAGUCCGAGUCCAGCGAUUCGGAAUGUGGCGCCAAAGCCCCGAGAAUUAAGGAGAAGAAGAAGAAGGCACGCAAAAAUAAUAAGGCCCGCCGCCGCGCUACAGCCUAUGCAGCGGAUACCGAAGAGCUGGACGAAAUAGACCAGUCGGUGAAGGAAGUGAAUGCCCUGUUGGGGACCCCUCCACCGGCGUCCCCCGUAGUGGUGGUGGAAAAAAAGAAGGAAGACAUCCGCAAAGUGGAUGUGCAGCAUCUGAACGUCUCUGUUGAGCUAAUGAGAAUGUUUGGCGCAGACCCCGAAGAUAGGGGACGCGGCCGUGGCCGUGUGCCUAACCUGCGCCGCAUCCAGAGACAAGUGAUCAUUCCGAAUUUAUCGGUCACCCCUGUCGCGGGACUGUCGAUGGUGCUGAUGGAGCGUACGGAUGACGCCACCUACUUUUCCUUUAGGCACAGCCGUCACUAUCGCGAGGCCCAUAUCGAGUUUUUGAAGGCCACCGACCACCGGUUCAUAGACCCGAUGUUUCUUAAGCUUGGUGAAAAAUACAAGCACGUUGAAGCGCAGUUGGAGAUGGCUGAUUACAUCUUUCUCAAGGAGCAAUAUUCCCUUGGUGGCAAUAUGAUUGAGAAGAUCAUUUACCAGAUGGAGUGCGCCUUCCACCCGCUGUUCCAUUUGGGUGAUAUGAGUACCAGACUCGAGUACAAGUACAUCGAGAACCGCGCGUUCUACGUGGCGGUGCUCAAGUACAUCCACAUGUUGUCGAACCGCGCGUGCCACCGCACCGCCCUGGAGCUGGCCAAGAUGCUCAUGAACCUGGACCCCACCGACCCGCUGGCCGUGAUCUUCGUCAUCGACGUGCUGGCCAUCAGGGCGCGCGAGUUCGAGUGGCUGAUCAAGGCCAUCGACUUCUGGCGCGGCGAGAGGGGCGCCGGGGACAUGUUCAACAUGCAGUACUCCUACGCGCUGGCGUACUACCACCUCGCCCGUCAGGGCAAAGAGGGGUUCGAGGAGAGCAAGGCGGAGGAGAUGCUGCAGGAGGCCAUAAUGAACUUCCCGGUGGUGGCGUUCAACCUCGUGGAACUGGCGAGCGAGGGGGACGCCGCUCGCAUCUCCUCCCAUCGCCUGUUCGAAGUGUCGUCGCCGCAUGGCCUGGGGUGCGCGAAGAGGGUGAAGGAUCUGUUCUCCCUCUACGCCCGCCUCGCUAAGGGCAGGUGGCGCGAUACCCAGCCUUUGCAGUGGCUGAUUAAGAACCUGUUCGAUGUGGUCCGCAAGUACGACGCGGAUCCGGAGAUGCAGGAGAGAGUUGAUAAGCUGCGUAAGCGCAACAGUAGCAUGAUCCGUUGCCUGCCCACUCAAGUGCAGAGGCAUUGCUGCGUUAUAAAAACCAUAUCCGAAUUGCUCGUAGACGGGCCUGUGCCAUCUAUACAGAUGACCCGCUUGUCGGACCCAAUCCCCAUGGUACGCGAUACCAUCGAUCUGCCGGGGUACACAAAGGUGUCCACCAACUACAAACUCCACCACUUUAAGUUUCCCCAAAAUAUGCGUUUAAUGGCGGAUGCGCUCAUGUCACCUGAGUUCAACGAAACGUUGUACGUAGUGAUGUGUUUCGCCCAAAUGGAAAUUGACAGCGACUCCGACGAUAGCGACUUCAGCCUAGUCCUCGAAAGCGACUAUGAGGUUGAC